AUGAACGGCGCAAGACCACACGCGAUCAGCACCCAUGGCCUCACUUACGAAGUAGAGGCGCAGACGCUGAUCGACGGCGUGGACCUGCGCGCCGACCGCGGGCAGCUCGUCGGCCUGAUAGGCCCCAAUGGGGCGGGGAAGUCCACGCUCCUGAGGGCCAUAUCGGGCAUCCUGCGCUGCCAGGACGGUGCGGUGCGGCUUGGAGGCAAGGACCUGGAAUCCCUGUCGUCCAGGGGCGUUGCCGCUACUCUUUCGCUCUUCCCACAGAUCGCACCGUACACCCACGGCUUCACAUCCAUCGAGCUGGUGCUCAUGGGCAGUAUCCCCACCUGGGGCGCUUCCAGAUCGAGGGCAGGGAGGAUGAUCGCAUAG